UUGCCACUCCCGGACCCCGGCUCGGCCCGGCUCCGCUCCGUUCGGGCCACGCUGUGUCGCUUUGCACCGCGGUAACCAAUGGCUAUGGCAUUACGAUGCUUUAGGCAUCUGCACUCCCUGCUUCAUUGCUCUUCACUUGCAGUGGUGAGGCGGCUGCCGCAGCCCCCAGCACGCUGCACAGCUCUGCUCCUGGAUGGCUGCAGGCAAUGUGUCCACCCGUUGCUGCUGGCCAGGCCGCUGGCCACCAAAAAAGCUAAAGGUAAAGGGCAGACACAAGCCAAAGUGAACAUCAGUGCUGCCUUGGUUGAGGAUAUUAUCAAUUUGGAGGAAACCAACACAGACAUGCAGGCAGUGGUAGAAGCUCUGAAAGAAGAUUUCAACAGAAAUCUCAAUGUCAGAACCUCACAAGGGGCCCUUGACCACAUCACUGUCACGACAAAAGAUGGGAAGUUUCCACUGAACCAGCUGGGGCAGAUCUCACAGAAGUCUCCUCAGCUCAUUGUAGUGAACAUGACCAAUUUUCCAGAGAGCACAGCUGCAGCUAUGAAGGCUAUAAGGGAGAGCGGAAUGAACCUGAACCCAGAAGUGGAUGGGACACUAAUUCGGGUGCCAGUUCCUAAAGUAACCAGAGAACACAGGGAGAACCUGGCCAAGCUCGCCAAGCAGUCCACCAACAAAUCCAAAGAAGCCUUGAGAAAGGUGCGAAGUAAAAGCAUCAACCAGGUGAAGAAGUUCAAGAGCAAAGUGUCUGAGGACACCAUCUGGCUGCUAGAAAAGCAGAUCCAGCAAAUGGCAGACAGUGCUGCAGCAGAGAUGGACAAGCUGCUGGCAGCGAAGACCAAGGAGCUGCUUGGAUAAACACCACGUGUGGACACACUCCCCUUCCAGCAAGAACGGACUGCUCUGUAUCCACUGCCAUCCCAGCCUGCAGCCAGGCAGCUUCAGGUGAUGGGCAGGGGUGGCUCUCCCCCAGACCUGGGCACUGGAACCCCCUGGCUGCUGAGAUUUCUGAUCCUGGAUUGUAUGGGAGGGGGGAAGUCUCUGCUGUUCUUCAUUCAAGUGUCAACAGAACUGGGUGAAGUAAGAUUAAAAAUAAAACAUUAAGGACAAUUGGAGGCUACUGAAAGGAUUCCCACAGCAUAAGCUGUGAUCUAGGAGGUAACACUGCCCUCUGCUUCAGGUAGCAGUUCAGCAAGAGUUGAAGCUCAAGCCUCCAGAUGCAUGACCACCUCACCAGUCCAUUUCCUUCGUGUCUGAGCCUCAACAGGCUGCAGGCCCAUUGUGCAGCCCAGCUCUGUUGUUUCUACCAGUUCUCAACCUAUACUGAUAGAAGAAAGCACAACAUGGAGGGAAAAUCCAGCAGUGUUCUUGUGUGAUCCUUAUCAUUUAUUCUUGCUCAAAAUAAAGUCCAAAUCAGCCUGGGAA